AUGGUCAUCGACUUCUGUAAACGCCAAAACUUGCCGAUUUUCAACAGCAAGGAGAUCAAUGAGCUGUUCGGCAACAGCCCCAUCGUUCUCCUAGGCAAAGGAGCUUACGGGACUUGCUACCUUGUGAAGGAUAAAGAGUUGUCGGGGAGCUUGUCUGACACUACCAAGCUGAAGGUCAUUUACUCCUUCGCGUUGGCGGUCCGGAACAUUAUCAGCGGCGGGUACGUCCACAACGACCUCCACUCCAGCAAUAUCUGCAUGAAAUUCGAAGAUGACGAACCCGUCGUCACGAUCAUUGACUUCGGCAUCGCAACGAAGAUCGGAGAAUACAUGUGCUAUGAGGAAGUUCCGGGCAUUGGGCUGCACUUAGCGCCGGAGCUUUACGAGGGCUGUGGGCAGGGCGAAACAACAGAAGUAUUCUCCGUUGCCGUGUUCAUCGAAGACGUGUAUCCGACGUCCGUGCCCGACCUUCUGAAGGCGUGGGUAACGGGGGCCAAGAGCAAGUGCCCCGAGGAAAGGCCGACCAUCAACGACCUCAUCGAAAUCCUGAUGCGCGUCCUCGAGGACUGA